ACCCUAAUUUAAAUAUUUUACAUUGUCAAAUAAAAAUCACUUUUCUGAAAAAAAAAAAAAUUCAAAUAAAAUGCAUCAUCUAAUACAACGCGGUAAAUUAAGAUCACAAGUCAUAAAUGUACCGGAGGGUCUUCCCGAGUUAUUAUCGGAUAUAACAAGAGAAGUUUUAAGAUGUCAACCGACAACUGAAUGUUUAUGUCAAUUUAUAAUUGAUUAUUUACAUUCUGUGAUAGUGGCACGGGAUAAAGCAAGAAUCGCCAAAUCUGCAAUUAAUCAAGCCUUACAUAUUGUCGAUGAUGUCAUUGGCGAUAUGUGUAUUUGUGAUAUACCCAAGGAAAAGAUCGAGUAUAUGUGUGAAGCUAUGGAAGAGUGUUUUCGACGUUUUUUGGCCCAACGUCGUUGUGAAAUGGGAAAGGAAAAGGAGAUUAUUAAAUUUAACGAAUCCGAUAUGCUAGAUCAACUAGUAAAGAAAUGUAAAUUUACCGAUGAUGAAUUGAAAGUUUCCAGACCAGUUAUUGAAGCGGCCUAUCAGAAAUUCGUAAAUGCCUAUAUGACUGCUAAGAAUAGUACUGAGGGCACCGAUAGUUUAUAUCAAUAUUUUCGAGAACGAGAAAUAAAACGCAUGGAAGAAAAGUUACGCAUAGAGGCGGCUGUUAAAAUACAGUCCAAUUUCCGUGGUUUCUUAACAAGAAGAUCUCUUUUCCUUGAUGAGCCGAUCAAACCCCCUUCAAUCAUACGCCCAGAAACUGAACAAGAUCUAAGGCAACAGGAAAUGGCUGCACGCAAAAUACAACAAUUUUUCCGACGUCAUAUGAGCCUUGUUAAAAAUACCGAUGAAGAGAAACAGUUACAAGAUCCCUGUUCUCCAGCUUCUAAUCUUUCAUUGACGGCUCACCCAGUUGAUCAGCAAGGUCGUAAUGAAGAAAAACCACAUGAUGAGAACCCAAAAGCUGAUGAAAUUUUUAAUAAACUCGAACAUAUAGAAGACGAUCAUAUUGUUGAGGAGAAUGUUGAGGCAGAACCCAUAAAUGAUAAUGUAAUUGAAGAAGUGCAAGAUGAUUAAUAUUUUUUUACUUUAGAAAUUUUUAAAUAAUAUCAUGUUUUUAAUAUUGAAUUAACAAUAU